UCCAGGACGAUCAACGCUUCAUCGGGGCAGUCUGGAGCGCGUGACAAGGCGUCUGCGGCCGACUUGGGGGGACAACAGGUUCCCAGGGACCAGUGAGAGGAGUUUGGGAGUGAGUGUAGGAACCUGAGAUCUCGAUUUCUCCACCAACAGAGGUCCACUCUCGGACAAGUGUUCCCUCAGCUCUAGGGGGACAGGCAAAAGGCUGCUGACCCGUAAGACUGUAGGAGUCAGUACGCGCCUGGGAUUCAGGAGCUCGCUGUGGUCAUGGUGAAUGAAAGUUUCAAUCAGGAGGAGAGCAAUGACAGACCUGCGCCAAAGUCCGAAUUCCAGGCGGACACCAGCUACACCACCCAGCCCAGCGGCUCUAUUCACCCCAGCGUCUCAGGCCAUCCCAGCGUCUCCAUCGACCCCAGCGUCUCUGUCCAUCCCAGCGGUUCAGCACCCCCCAAUACCUUGGCUCAACCCAGCGGUUUGACCCGUCACAGUAGCUCGGUUAGAGAAGACAGCGUGAUCAAGGUGAGCAAGCGUCGCUGGGUCGUGGUCAUGGUGUUCAGUUGCUACUCCUUGUGCAACGCCUUCCAGUGGAUCCAGUACGGCUCCAUCAAUAACAUCUUCAUGAACUUCUACGGUGUCAGUGCCUUUGCCAUCGACUGGCUGUCCAUGUGCUACAUGUUGACCUACAUCCCUCUGCUCCUGCCCGUGGCCUGGAUGCUGGAGAAAUUUGGUCUUCGAACCAUCGCUAUCACCGGCUCAGCUCUCAAUUGCUUGGGGGCCUGGGUAAAGCUGGGCAGCCUAGAGCCUCACCUCUUCCCGGUCACAAUGGUGGGCCAGAUCAUCUGCUCUGUGGCGCAGGUCUUCAUCCUGGGCAUGCCCUCACGCAUUGCUUCGGUCUGGUUUGGGGCUGAUGAGGUUUCAACAGCCUGCUCCGUGGCUGUGUUUGGCAAUCAGCUUGGAAUUGCAAUUGGGUUUUUGGUCCCUCCUGUUCUGGUACCCAACAUCAAUGACCAGGAAAAGCUUGCCUACCACAUCAGCAUCAUGUUCUACAUAAUAGGAGGUGUGGCCACUUUCCUCUUCAUCCUUGUCAUCAUUGUAUUCAAGGAGAAGCCCAAGUACCCUCCCAGUAGGGCCCAGUCCUUGAGCUAUGCCUUGGCGACCACUGAUGCUUCAUACUUAAGUUCCAUUGUCCGACUCUUCAAGAACCUUAACUUCGUGCUGCUGGUCAUCACCUAUGGUCUGAAUGCUGGUGCUUUCUAUGCCUUAUCCACUCUGCUGAACCGCAUGGUGAUCUUGCAGUACCCGGGGGAAGAAGUGAAUGCUGGAAGAAUCGGUCUGACCAUCGUCAUAGCAGGGAUGUUUGGAGCUAUGAUUUCAGGCAUCUGGCUGGAUAAAUCCAAAGCCUACAAGGAGACAACCCUGGUAGUGUAUAUCAUGACUCUGGUGGGCAUGGUGGUAUACACAUUCACCUUGAACCUGAACCAUUUGUGGGUAGUAUUCAUUACUGCUGGCACACUGGGCUUCUUUAUGACUGGCUAUCUGCCCCUGGGGUUUGAGUUUGCUGUGGAGCUCACAUACCCAGAAUCUGAAGGCGUGUCAUCUGGCCUCCUCAACGUGUCGGCACAGGUAUUUGGGAUCAUCUUCACCAUAUCCCAAGGCCAGAUUAUUGACAACUAUGGAUCCGUGCCUGGGAACAUCUUCCUGUGUGUGUUCCUUGCCCUUGGAUCUGCUCUAACAGCUUUCAUUAAGUCGGAUCUUCGGAGACAGAGGGCGAACAAGGAUGUUCCUGAGACUAAAGUUCAGGAGGAAGAGGAGGAGGAGGAGGAGAUCAAUACCAGCAAGGUACCCAACAUCGUGUCGGAGGCUCAUCUCUGAGAGAGGUGGCAGAGACUCAGGAACACAGACACUCACCUCUUGGUUCCAGUUAGCUGUUAACUGCCAGCACUUAGAUUUUCUGGGAGUAACUUGUAGAAGCAGCUGGAAGAUGCGUGCCUUGCAGGGCAGUGCCUAAGCCUACUGGACCCUACCUGAGGACCUGGAUGGUUUACUCGGGGAAAACCUCACCUCUCCAGAUGCAGACUGGAUUCUGGUCCCCACUUCCCGUUAGGUCUUGGGCUAGUGUUGGGAGAGGCUGCGGAGGCUGUUGGAGUCCAUCCUUGUUUGAUCUCUUGCCUUCUCUUAUCCCUUUCUACUCUCGUGGAGAAUGCUUGCAAAAUUAUCUUAAGAAAGCUUAUUCAGGAUAUUAACUUUUUCUAAUGUCUUAAGAGCACUUCUUACUGAGAAUGGGUGACCUGCUCUGCCUGAGGGUCAUGAGAGGAAGCACCACAGGAAGCCUCCCAUCAUUCCAAGGCAGCCCUACCCAAACUCUUGGCCAUGACCAUCCAACCCCCAACUCUGUAGCAUUUCUUCAGAUUGUCUUUCCUGAGAGUCAAGGAGACUAGACACCAAUAACCAAAGGAGAAAUGGGUUAGAGAGGGUUCUCUGCCCAGGAGCACCUGAGCCUGAGUGUGUGUGUAGCUCUGAGUUGGGAUAGGAAGGUGUUUUCCUAUAAAAAUGGUGCUUGCCCAGGGCCUUCUGUAUCCCAAGCCACUCAGAGUAUCUUCACUAGAUAUUGCACUGGGAAAUGCAGCCAUCAGGGGCUUGUGGCUGUAACCUUUACUAAAAGUUAGCUUCACUCACUCUACUCUGACACAUAAAACUAUCUCUGCUGAGAGAGGUAGAAGGUGGCUCUUAAAAUAGACAUGUCUGUUUCAGUUAACCAUGAUCCUACGUAUGUUGAGGACUGUAUUUGAACAACCAAACUCUCUCCCUGCCCCUACUAGCAAGAACCUUUGUCAGAUAGUUUACAUUGCAAAGGACUCCUUUUAGACCCAUCCCAUUGACCUCCUUACCCACCAGUCUGCUGUUAUACUCACGGGCUUUCUUAGUGUCUUCCCAAAAGAGAAACUGGCAGCUAACUGCUCCUGUGCCUUGACCCUGGUCAUGGUUCCCUGUGUUGUUUGGUCUUAGCAUACCAGACUACCCAGUUUGCCUGCAGUAUUGGGCCAGAGGGGAUCUGUUUGAGUGUACACAUGCGUGUUUGUAUAUGUGUUUGUGUGCAUGUAUAGACCUGAGCAGUGAGUGGAUGGGAGGGAAGCAGCAGCCUGGUGGAGGGAGUGUUAGGGAUAGAAGAGAGAGAUGCCUUACUUUCUGUCAAGAGAAAGGUGUUUUUCUUCAACUGUUCAAAGUGGACAUGUUUACUCAAUCCAUUUCUUUAUUUAAAAAAAAAAAACCAACAACCCAUGAUUUGUAUUUCCUGUUUGUAAUACCAGAUAUUUUAAAGCAAUAAAGAUUUUCAAAGUG